UUUUUUUUGUUUUUGUUUUGAUGAGCUGCCAUAUUUGCUGGGGCUGGAGGAGUUGCUUAUCAAAACAGAAUUGUGAAAGAAGCUCUUAUAUUUUGAAGUCGAUCGGUGGUGUGGGUAUCUCUUCCAAAUUCCAAUUGCGUCCUUGUUUGUUACCUGAGUAGUCAGUAGUCGUCUGUGAACGGCGAACAACCGCGUCUUCUCGGACUCAUAAAUUACUCGAGCAGUUCAGCAGAAUCAUUGAAUCAGCUUCGCGGCUCUGCUCGACUGCCCGAGUCCACCCCCUUCUCUUCUUCUUCCAUUUUCUUCAUCUUUAGCUCCGUGCUGCCGCCCUUUCUUCUUCCUCCCGCAGUCCCGCUUGACGUCGGGAGGCUGGACCCGCUCGAGUCGACGCUCUCUCUCUCAGCCUCUCUAGCUGCCGACUGCCGAACUGCCAUCGCUCUCCCGGUCUCCCCGUCUCUCUGCCGCCCUCUCUCUCUCUUCCACCAAUGUCGCAUCCGGUACCGCUGGAAGAAGACUGCAUCCAGGUGAUUGCUUGCUGCUUGUUCAAAGUCUUUCUCAAUAGUAAAUUUUGGUUUGCUUUUGAUGUUGGAAACCACUAGUUUUGUGGAAGCAACGUGGAAAUAGUGCCGCUGUUCUUUAUCUUAUGCUUGGGGAGCUGGUUUCCACAUUCUCUCUCUCUGUCAGCAGCUGCUCUCCAUAUUCGAAAUGUGAAGCAUUGUUGUUCCUUUCGACUUGUGGGUAUCUUUUCCUUGCAUCCUUCCUUUAUCCACCUCCCAAGUUUGUAGAAGCUCUUUCCUAAAUUGAAAUAGGAACAACCGUGUGUUCUGAAAGGAUUUAGGAGGGAAGAUAAGAAACAAUGGCCGACAGUGUUGUUAAUGUUCUCCUACAGCAACUGCCCCAACUCAUAGAAGGAGUAAGAUUCCCUUAUGGAGUGGAAGAUGAAGUCAAGUCAUUUCAAAGGGAGCUCGAGAGGAUAAAUAUCUUCCUCGAAAACUCUAAUGGGAAACGAAACAAGCAUGAAAAUGUGAAGGCUUUAGUCAGGCAAAUCACUGAAGUUGCUUACGAGGUUGAGGAUGUUAUCGACACAUUCAUCCUCAAAGUCGCAGAACAGAGGAAGAGGAAUAUUGUGGGACAGAUAAUAUAUAGGAUUUCACAUGCAAAAAUGCUCCGUGAUGUUGCAAAGAAGAUAGAAGGCCUCAACACAGAGAUCAACAAAAUCUAUGACAAUAUAGAGAAGUACGGCAUUGAAAGAGUUGAAGCAAGUGUAGAUGCAGAAGCGGAGAAGGCACUGCACAGGCGUAGGAGGCAUGUUGAGGAAGAUGACGUGGUGGGCUUCCUUCAUGACUCUGAUACAUUGGUGAAUCAGCUUACUCACAGGACAGAGAAUUCAAAACUUGAUGUCAUUUCAAUCAUCGGCAUGGGUGGGUUGGGAAAGACGACUCUUGCAAGGAAAAUCUACAAUAAUGAUCGCAUCAAGAGGCACUUCCAUUGCCGAGCAUGGGUUUAUGUAUCUCAAGAGUUCAAACCUAGAGAGUUAUUGCUUGAAAUUUUAAAAUCCCAGAUGCCAAUAUCAGAUGAGUUGACAAGGAAACUAGAAGGGAUGAGUGAGGAUCAAGCAAAAGAGUACCUAGCACAGACAUUGUUUGAAUACUUGGAAAGGAAGAGGUACCUAGUAGUCAUGGAUGACAUCUGGAAAACAGAAGUCUGGAAUGUGGUGAAAGAUGCUUUUCCUGAUAACUCCAAUGGAAGCAAAAUAUUAAUCACUAGCCGCAUAAAAGAAGUGGCCUUACAUGCAAGCCUUACUCCUCCCUACUUUCUCCAAUUUCUUUACAAAGAUGAAAGCUGGGAACUCUUUUGUAAAAAGGUGUUCCGAGGAGGAGAAUGUCCUCUCGAGUUAGAAACUCUGGGGAGACAAAUCGCAGAAGGUUGUCGUGGCUUGCCACUUUCCAUUGUUGUAUUAGGGGGUCUUUUAGCUAACAAAGAGAAGACAUACCGAACAUGGUCGAAAGUGAUUGCCGAUGUAAAUUGGUACCUUACUGAAUGCAAAGACGUUUUGGCCUUAAGCUACACCCACUUGCCACGACGCUUGAAACCAUGCUUUUUGUUUUUUGGUACAUACCCAGAAGACUUUGAAAUCCAUGUAAGGAAACUGAUCCAGUUAUGGAUAGCUGAGGGAUUCAUACAGCACAUUGGCAAAAGAAACAUUGAGGAUGUUGCUGACGACUACUUGGAGGAGCUCAUUGAUCGGAACUUGAUCCAAGUGGCUACCAGGAGAUCAGAUGGAGGAGUAGAGAAAUGUCGUAUUCAUGAUCUUCUGAGAGACUUAUGCAUAACCAAGAGCGCAGAAGAGAAGUUUCUUUGUGUACCUAGAGAUGACAACCAUUCAUCCUGGAACAGCUCUCGCAGACUUUCCAUCCAGGGUAGCAUUCUUUGUCGAUUCAUUUCUUCAAACACCUCCAGCGCUUCACAUGCUCGUUCUUUUUUGUCUUUUGGGGAAGGUUUCGGGUUCAACGAAAUCCACUGGAAGUGGGUCCACACAAACUUGAAAAUGCUUCGGGUGCUUCAUUUCGAGCUAUAUGUCAAUUGCAUUCCCGAAGAGAUUGGAACAUUGAUCCAUUUGAGGUACUUGAAGAUAAAAUAUGCGUAUAUUAAGGGAGAUAUUCCAGCUUCCAUUGGAAACCUUACGAAUCUAGAAACACUUGAGAUAAUCGGUGAUCAGUCAAAGUCUUUGCCAGAAUCCAUAAUGAAGCUGCCGCGUUUAAGGAAUUUGUGUGGGACAGUGAGUUUGCCUAAUUAUUUGGAUACAGCUCUGUGGAACCUCCAAGUCCUUUUCGUUGAACCAUUGGACUCGCAAAUUGUGCGUCUCAUUGUUGAGGGCAAGCUUCCUAAUAUAAAUAGAUUAGGGCUGAGGGACUUCAUGGGAAAGAAUGAUUGGGACAUAGUCGAAGCUUUGGCAAGUGUCCACCAUUUAAGUCAUCUCCAAACAUUGAAAAUUAGAUAUUGUGGUAAACACAUUAUUAGUCUUCCUAAUUCCUUUCCAGAGACGAUCACCAAGAUAAACUUAUCUUGGGUGACCUUAGAUGAGGGUGGCAUGAAAGUGUUGGGAAAACUUCCCAAACUUGGGAUAUUGAAACUAGACAAUUGCCUUUCUUUCAGUGGCCUCCACGUCCAUGCACCUUCAUUUCCUAAACUCCAAUUCCUGAAAUUGUAUGAAAAGAGAAUUGAAAAAUGGAAACAGGACGAAGGUGCAAUGCCAAGCCUAAGGCAGUUGGUUAUGACUCAUUGCUAUAAGUUGACAUUGCUCCCUUCAAAACUAUGGAGUUUGACUACCCUGCAAGAGGUGGAGGUGUUAAUGAGCAACUUCAAAUUGGCAAACGUGUUUCAGGAAUUGCAGAUGGAGAUUGGGUUUAAGCUACACAUUUAUCCUCCUCUAGAUGCUGACUUUUAUGUAAACCCCAAAGAUUAACGGAAAAUUUUGAUGUAGUUGCACAUAGUUUCGGGGGGAGCAGUUAAAUGAUUUGAAGCCAUUGAACUUGUAUUCAUUGAAAAUAAAUUGAUUUAUCUUUUAGAUUACUAUUUUCUAGUAAAUUGUAC